AUGAGCCUAAGAAGAGAUUUUGUCUCAAGGUAAGAGGUUCACUACAUCUAGUAUUUAGUCAUUUAUUUAACGAGGUUGAUUUGAAAAUUUCAGAUAAAAUGGAAUAACGUAAGGUGCUUCCAUUGCUCCAACAUGGAAAUGUACGAUUUACAUAUGCGAAGCAAACAAGAUCUUUUUGUCUGUAACGCUGAAUUAACGCACCACAGAAUAACUAGAGUGCACUGAGUACUCUUGGCGAAUCACUCUUUUACAAUCCUCCUCAAAUAUGAUUAUUUACAGUAAGAGUCGCGUGACUUUCCAAAACAUUCCGCUGAGUCGAGAGAAGGAAGAAAGCUUUCUGGUGGGGGGAGGGAAGGGUAGGUGUAAGUAUCCUAAGAGGUUCUGUUUCUUCAUGAAAGGUUUAGACUUCUCUUGGCCAGCGGCAUUUACCAACCCGAAAAGCCUUAGCAUGUGCGGUCUCCGCGAGGCAGAAAGAAAGCCAGUCACUAGUAGAAUGUUGAUAACUGUCUCCUUAUUCGUUUGAAUCAAUGAACAUUCCUAUAAGUUUCUCUUGGCUUUCUUUCAUUUUCUAAGUCUUAAAAGUCGAAUUGAAUACGCAGGCGAUUAAAUAUUUAUUUAAUUCGUCUUAAUAGUUAGCUCUCGUAGAAUAAACUCAGCUGUUAAACAUUUUAAUACAUCGUAAUAAAUUAAUAAAAACUACUUUGGGGAGCUAAAAUUAUCAUCUGUAAAAUAGGGUGCAGAAGGAGCUAAAACAACUGCAGUCCACGAAGCCUCAUGGAAUCGAAGUGACACUUCCAUCUGACAGUCUCCAGCUAUGGGAGGCUGUUGUUCCGGGACCUAAAGACUCCUAUUAUGAUGGUAACUGACCACCUAACUACAACUGACUUAUCCUCGAUUUAAAAAUUUUCGUUUCAUUUCUUAUUACGAAUUGAUUUCAAGUUGAAAUUUAAAUUUAACUCAAAGUAAUUAUCCGGAAAGAAAUGCUGUAGAGCAUUACUUUUGCUUUCGUUUGCUUUACUGAGCUCUGUGAAUGGUCGAAAGAAAGCCACCUUCUCAACCAAUCAGAGGCAAAACUGAUCGAAAUCGAAACUUAGUAGCUCAUGCAUCUCAGGAAUUUUUCUUUAUCUCUAUUUCUUUUGAUUACUUGUGACAUCUUAUUUUGUCCUGACUUGCUGUUUUGAUCAUAUUAACGUCACUCUAUCGAUAAUUAUCAGACAUCGCCUACCAAACUCCUCCAGAAGCUCAUAGACUAAGCUUAUCUGACGAGCUGGGAUAGAGCACUUGUCGAUCUGGUGUCCUAAAACCAGUCGAAACCCGAGGGAUAACGACAGUCAAUCUGGGCCAAAGAACCUAGCCAAAAAGAACUCUGGCAGUGCAAAGUAAGGGCUGUAACUGGUCAUAACGGGAGCGACCAAGGCGAGAUUACUUUUAGUUUUCCAUCUGAUUGGCUGGGAAGCUGGCGCGAGGUUUCUAAUUUGGACAUUACUGGCGGAAUUUAGAUUUGGACACUGGAGGCUGAUUUUGGAUUUAAUUAGACCAAUCACAGAUCGAAGUGAAGCAAAAUCAACCCAAUCUCAUAUUAUUUUCAAAAUAUUAUAUCAGUCAGGUUAGACCCUUGUUCAUUUGGUAAGUAUGUUAGAUUUUAGAUUCUUCUCUUAAACCUUCUUAAUAUUAACAACAUGUUUUUUGUCUUUAAUUUUUCAGGAGGACUGUUUAAAGUUCAAGUUUAUUUACCGUAUCCUCACUAGCUUCUUUCUUAAAUGCAACGUGUUGAGCAAAAAGAAAAAAACUGAAUUAAGCGGACCUUGUAUCUGACAAACACCAUGCAGCCAAAAACUUGAGAUUUUUCUCUCGCAUUUAACAUAAAAUUUAUUGAGAUAGGUGAACGAGACCAUAAGUUCUCUUGACGUUCAAAAAACGCCCCCAAAACCCGACGUCUCUUCAAGAUAGGUAAAGUAGGGAAACCGACCAUUUUCAUUCUAUUAACAUAUGACAAAGCCAGAUGAGUCUACACGGCUUGUUGAAGUACAAACAAAACGCAAUUCGCGAAAUGCAGCCACUUUUCCUCCAACCAUUCGGUAAUGAAAUCUUUCUUUGUCAAUCUUCUGUAAGUACUGACAAGUCUAUUUAUCUAUAAGACGGUUCUGAAAGUUGUUUAGGGUAGAAAACCAGACCCCAAUAACUUAAAGCAAUCAAUCUGAGAAGGGAUGAGAUGUUAGUGUUUAAUUCAUCAACCACAAUUUAGAAGACGUUUUUUCGUAGUUGUGUUUCAACGAAUUCGCAACCGUGAAUGUGGUUGAGUCAAAUUCAAUGGCUUAAGCCAAGACAAGGGGUCCCUAUUUAGACUUUUCACCAACUUAGUAUCCUUGACUAAUGAUUUGACCAUUGCCCAGUGAAAAUUAUCCUCUUGGACCUCCGUCGGUAAGUAAUUCUGAACAUUCUUAAACGCUUUCUUUAUCAGUAUAAAUGGUGUUAAAUGAAGAAAAAUUGUCUGGAAUAGAUAAAUAUUUUGUUGAUAUCUAAAUUCAAUUGUCGAAAAUAUGCCCUAACGGUUUAUACAAAAUUCGCUGGAUUCAACUUGCUCCUUUCGUAGUUUUCAUGUUUUUGUAUAGGGAAAGUGUCAAGAACUCGAGGAUAUCAAAUUUGACGUAAUCAUCGGAAAGCGGUUCUUUGUUGUUCUAAAUACGUGACAGCCAUUUUGUUUUCUAACCUCAGGUUCGUUUUCUGUCUCCGAUAUAUCACGUGAAUGUUAGCCCGUCAAGUGGUCACGUGUGCCUGGGAUUUCUCACCGAAGAGAGCUGGUUACCAACCCGAUGUGUUCAAGAUGUUUUGAGUGGAGUAUUCGCUCUUCUCAUUCGUCCUGAGUUGGCGAACGCCGCUGAUCACACACUGCUUGAGAUGUACAAUAAGAACAAAGUGGUAUACGAACAAAAUGCCAGGAAGAGUGCUUUGAACACCAAAUGAAU